AUGUGGCUCAGCCAAGCCAGCUGUGCCGCACGCCGGGGGCCGCUGGGUACAGGCAGCGCAGGCAGCAUCGCCGGCAUCUCCCCAGCCCCUUCAGAGCCCAAGUGCCUCUUGCAGCUGCGGCCCAGCGGCGUGAACCAGCUGGGGGGUCUCUUCGUGAACGGCCGCCCCCUCCCCACCUGCAAGAGGAAGAGGAUCAUCGAGCUGGCGGCGUGCGGCAUCCGGACCUCGGACAUCUCCCGCAGCCUCAAGGUAUCCAACGGCUGCGUCAGCAAGAUCCUGGGUCACUACUACAGGACGGGGGUCGUGGAGCCCAGGGCCAUCGGGGGUAGCAAGCCCCGCAUGGCCACCCCCGAGGUGGUGGCCAGGAUCGCCCAGCUGAAGCUGGAGCAGCCCUCCCUGUUCGCCUGGGAGAUCCGCCGGCAGCUGCACGCCGAGGGCAUCUGUGCUGGUGACAGGACCCCCAGCGUCUCCUCCAUCAACCGGGUGCUGAGGAACCUGCCCAGCGACCUGCGGCCGGCAGCUGAGCGGGCCGGUGCCGCCGUCUCCCCGGGGACCCAGCACCCUCCACGGGGCUCCGCAUCCAGCCGGCGGCUCCCGCUGAGCACCCAGCACAGGAACAGGACGGUCUUCUCCAGCCAGCAGUCAGAGGCCCUGGAGAAAGAGUUUCAGAGGGGACAGUACCCGGACACCGUCACCCGGGAGAGACUGGCCGCGGCCACCCAGCUGCCCGACACAACCAUCAGGGUCUGGUUCUCCAACCGACGAGCGAAAUGGAGACGCGAGGCCAAGCGGAAGCUGGAGGCUGGCGGUGCAGGCUCCUGGUGCGACUGGAUCCUGCCCCACGGGGCAGCCGUGGCUGCUUUCUGCCCCCCCUCCGCAACAGCCACCGGCUCAGCACAGCACCUCCCGGCCACCCCCACCAGCUCGCCACAGCCCUUCUGCGGCCACGGCCACGGCCACGGUCUCACCAGCUACCCUGGCACCCCGGCCCCGCUGCAUCUCUGCACCUCCGGCCCCUGCUCCUGGGACGAUGCUUGCUGCGGCCUGGCCCCCGGCAGCAGCCCCCCUCCGGCUCCCUGGCAGCCCCUGGAGGGCCCCCCCUUCGCCCUGCUGCCCCCCCGGGCUCACCUGCACCCCGCUGCCAGCCUGCUGCCCGGACCCCCGCUGAGCCCCCCGGUGCCGCCGCUCCACGCCAGCUCGCCGGAGCCCCUUGCCCACCUCCACGCACCGGGGUGCCCCUGGCUCUGA